CUGAGUCACGUGAUCUCUGCACUUAGAGUGAGGUCUCCCUCCCUCCCUCCAUCCUUCGUUCAUCCAUCCCUCCUCGGCAGCAGCAGCAGUAGCAGGAGGAACAGAGCAUCGCUGAUGAAACACCGGUCACCUUCAGAGCAGCAUCACGGGAAAAGGUCCCGUGAUCCCGACGCGGCCACCGCCACCUCACCGCCGGACAAAAUGGAGGAUAAGACGACGUCAAACCCGCGGGAACUGACACAGAACCCGCUGAAGAAGAUUUGGAUGCCGUACAAGAACGGCCUUCCAGAAAAACACAUAGCGCAGAGAAAGGUAUGUAUGACCAACUGUCCCACCCUGAUUGUGACAGUGGGCCUUCCUGCCAGAGGGAAGACCUACAUCUCCAAGAAACUGACCCGCUAUCUCAACUGGAUUGACGUGCCCACUAGAGAGUUCAACGUUGGCCAGUACAGGAGAGAGUUUGUGAAAAUCUACAAGUCCUUUGAGUUCUUCCGUCCAGACAAUGAAGAGGGUUUAAGUAUUAGGCGACAAUGUGCUUCAGCGGCGUUGAAUGAUGUGCGGCAGUACCUCACGGAAGAAGGAGGCCAAGUUGCAGUUUUUGAUGCAACAAACACCACCAGAGAGAGAAGGGAAACAAUCAUCCAGUUUGCAGAGCAGAACGGCUUUAAGGUGUUCUUCGUGGAGUCGGUGUGUGAAGACCCAGACGUCAUACAGGAGAACAUUGUGCAAGUAAAGCUGGAAAGCCCAGACUAUACCAAUUGCAACACAGAGGAGGCAGUGAAAGAUUUCAUGAUGAGGAUCCAGUGCUAUGAAAACUCCUACGAGACCCUGGAUGAGGUUCUGGACAGGGAUCUCUCCUACAUCAAAAUCAUGGAUGUGGGUCAGCGCUUUCUGGUGAACCGGGUGUUGGACCACAUCCAGAGCCGAAUUGUCUACUACCUCAUGAACAUCCACAUCACGCCACGCUCCAUUUACUUGUGUCGCCAUGGCGAGAGUGAGCUCAAUGUCAAGGGACGCAUUGGAGGAGACUCGGGCCUCACUCCCAGAGGCAAAGAGUUUGCAAAGAAGCUGACCCAGUUCAUUCAGAAGCAGGACAUCAGUGACCUGAAGGUGUGGACCAGUCAGAUGAAGAGAACUAUCCAGACAGCAGAAGCUCUCGGUGUUCCCUACGAACAGUGGAAAGUCCUGAACGAGAUUGAUGCAGGAGUGUGUGAGGAGAUGAUGUACGAGGAGAUCCAGGAGAGCUAUUCUCUGGAGUUUGCCCUGAGGGACCAGGACAAAUACCGCUAUCGCUACCCAAAAGGAGAGUCCUAUGAGGACUUGGUGCAGCGGUUGGAGCCAGUCAUCAUGGAGCUGGAGAGGCAGGAGAACGUGCUGGUCAUCUGUCACCAGGCCGUCAUGCGUUGUUUACUGGCUUAUUUCCUGGACAAGACGGCAGUGGAACUGCCGUACCUGAAGUGCCCAUUGCACACGGUGCUGAAGCUCACGCCAGUUGCUUACGGCUGUAAAGUGGAAUCCAUCUGCUUAAACGUGGAGGCUGUCAACACGCACAGAGAAAGACCAGAGAACGUAGACGUGUCGCGGAUGUCAGAGGAGGCUUUGCUAACAGUGCCAGCUCACCAAUGAGGCAAUGCCUCCCAGCCCUGCCCUCCCUCCCUCCCACCCUCAUUUACCUUUCAUUACUCACACUCUGAACCCCCCGUCCCCCCCACUGACACACAAUGAACCUGCUACACUCAGAACUGUCUCCUGUUUGUCCUCCACUUAUAUUUUAAAAUGUGAUGAUGUUUGCAAACUGACUGGAAUCCAGUUUCUAACUGAAGAAUCUUGAAUCCCAUGACGCAGAUCUUGUGUCGUGCACAUUCUCUCAUUUUCAGGAGAAUGUAUGGAGAUCAGAUUUUUAUUUAAAUUUUUUUUUGUAAAGGGAACUGUGAAAGAAUGAAAACUCCCAUCACCUUUUUAUUUUUCUUGAACGAUUGGUUUAUAUGUAGUUUCUAUGUUAAUUAUUAUCAGUGUCUCAUCUCUUUAUUUCUGUUAGAAGUCAGAGAACAUGAGGCCACAACUUCCACCACUACAUUUUUAUUUUAAAAACCGUGAUAUUUUGCUUUGGACACGCUUGCUGUCCACACUGUCCAGCCUAUAGUUUGCGCAGCAAAGUCAACCAGAAAGCACCAUUAUUUUCAGUAGCCACGUGAGGUUGGAAAAGGAACUUCAUUUGAUUGAAUAUUUUCACUUCCUUUAUACAACGUAAAACAACAAAAAUAUUUUUCUUAGGAGUUUAAUGGUCUCUAUCUCUAGUUUCAGCUCUUCUUCAAUAGAACAUGUUUGAAAUGUUGUAAAUGAUGUUCCCGUUUAGUGGAAAAUGGACAAUAUAAAGCACAGCAGGCUUUCAAAUGGAGAAGUUUUUCUCCUGUCUACGCAAAGCUACGUCAGCGCUCCGCUUCCUUUUAACAGCGAUGUCUCGCUUCCUGCAUACUGUGAAUGAUCACAUGACUAAUGAUGUAGUGAAUGUUUCAUUUUUUGAAGAGGUGUGUGUGUACUUUUUAUAUCUUUGUGAGAACCGUAAAAACCAUUAUGUCCUCACGAAGAUAUAAAAACGUGUUUGUGUGUGGGACAGCGGCAGCGGCUCUUUUAGCAAUAUAUAUGUAGCAUUACAAUAUUACAAUAGCUCUUGAAUUUGUCAUCCAAACAAAGUCCGUACUGCACAAACCGGUGCCCUUAGUCACCUGCCACGUUUGACGCCUGUGACAUGAGCCAUUGGACAAUUAUACGAUUAAUAACCAAUAUACAUACAUUCAUGUGUGGACACAGAUUACUUCUGAUAACACGUGGAUGCAGAUCAGUUUUUAUUUGAAAACGCUGUUUUUAAAAUGAAAACGUAGUCUUGACUGUAGCCUUAGUUUUACACAUUUUGCACAAAAACGGAGUUGUACACACUAAACCACUCUGGGGUUUUGUUUUUUUCCUUAGGACAUUUUCUCUAUUCCAGUUUCUUUGUAGGUUGUGUAAUGAUGGUUGUGGACAUAGGAACACACCUUUUCUUUGUUUUGUUUGCUCAACAAUGUAAAGGCUUCUUGGAGGACGUUUCACGUCAAUGAACAGAUUCAAAACGAUAUUUUUCCUGUUUAAUGUUUCUAAAUAAACUCCACUCAAACAUU